GGUAACAAGCAAUUUUUUUUGAGGUUAAGUUUAUUAUUAUUUAGAGCAAAUUAUUGCAAAAUAAUAAAAAAUGAUUAAAGUAUUCAGAAAUAUUUGCUUAACUACCACCAAAAAUGUUAAUGUCAAUAUGUUUCAUACCGCGCCAGCUUCGUUAGCUUGGUCAAAAUCAGUUUUACCAAAACGAUUUUUAGAAUACAAUAAAAAAGUAUUUCCUCCUCAAGAAAUCGGUGAAGAAAAACGACCUGCCUUUGUCUGCCAUCAACUGACCAACAUAAAAUACAGUCCUGAAAAGCUUUGGUACAUUGCUGUUCUUGUUCGAGGAAUGACAGUAGAUGAAGCAGUUAAACAGUUAAGUUUUGUGAACAAAAAAGGAGCAAAAUUUGUUAAACAAGCCAUACUGGAAGCUCAGGAGCUUGCUGUAAAAGAACAUAACGUUGAAUUUAGAAGCAAUUUAUGGAUAGCUGAAUCUUUUUCUGGCAAAGGAACUGUUAUUAAAGGAAUUAGAAGGCAUGCCAGGGGUCGAAUGGGCGAAGUUCGCUACCAAUAUUCCCACUACUUUGUACGUUUAGAAGAAGGAAAGCCUCCUAAGGACUACUACAAAAUUGAACCUCUAACACCCCAGCAGCAACUUGAUAAAUGGUUGGAGCAAAUGAGGAAAAGGAAAAUAACAAACUCUUACUAAUUAUAAUUAUCUUUUAUUAUCCAAAAAUGUAAAUUUAGUCCAGGACAUAUUAUGUAUUAUUCAAAAUCAUUUUAGUGAAAUAAAACAUUUAUUAUGUAACAAAUUAAAAUCUAUAGCCAGGUCUCUGAGUCACCAAAAUGGAGAUCAAGACAAUAGUGUGUAAUUUAGCUGUAGAAUAAGACUUAGCUGCAUUUAAAAAAAAAAAUUUAAUAUAAAAGCAA